AUGUUUCAGAAAUUCAUUUCGUAACUUGGCACAAUCAAAAAUGCUGAAAUUCCAUUUUAUUUUAGAAAUCAAUUUAAAAUCAAAGAAAAUUUCAUAAAUCCGAACAGCAAGUAUUUCGAUGGUAUUGCUUAAAAAUUGAUUUAAGAGGAAAAAUAAAGUAAAAAGAGAAAAUGGGAUAAGCAAUGUAAAAUGAUGUUCAUUUGGGUCCUAAGCAAGUAUUUUCAAUAGAAAAAUGAAAAAAUCAUCAACCCAAACAAAGAAGAAUGGGUUGAGCUUGCGAGUAUCUUAUAAACUGAUGAAACCAUUCUGAAACAACGAUGGAUCACACUAAUAAACCCUGUUCAAAAGAGUAUUAAUUGGGAUUCUCAAGAAGAUGAAAUCAUCCGCUCCUUAAUGAAUGAAUAAGAUGAGAAACAUAUAUGGACAUUUAUUGCCUUGGAGUUGUACAAUAAAAAUAGUGGUUUAUUUAUACGAACCCCCAAAUAGGUUAGAGAAAGGUGGAUGAAUUAUCUUAACCCAAAAUUGAAUAAAGCCAAUUGGUCAUAAACUGAAGACCUUCAAUUAUUGACUAAUAUUGUGAAAAACGGUAAGAGAUGGUCAUAAUUAUCGGCAGCCUUGACAGGAAGAACUGAAAAUCAAGUGAAGAACAGAUUCAAAAGUUUAAUGCAAAAGAUAUUCAAGGAUGAAGAUGAUGAUGAAUUAGAUGAACUUCAAGCUAUCCAAGAUUAUCUAAAGAAAUUAGGAGUUUCCUCUGAUCAAGUUACAGGAGAUCCUCUCAUUUAAAAAAACCAAUCUUCUUAACAGUUCAAGUGCAAACCAAAAAAACUCCAUAAUCAAUCUAAGCAUCUUAAAAAAAUAAACAAGAAAAAGAAAUUAAGUAAAAAUCAUCUCAAAUCCCUCAAAAAUAUAACAGAAUCAAAUAAAUAAGAAUUUGAUAUUUAAAUUAAUUAAAUCAAUCUAAAAGAAAAUAAUGAAAACAAACUUAAUGUUUAAAAUUCUGGGUUAUCUAAUGAUUUUCAUCAUUCUGAUUAACGAUUAUAACCAUAAUAGCAAAUUUAGAUUCCUGAGAUUAAUAGUAUUUAAACACCAUAUGCUUUAAACAAUCUAUUUUUGCCAAUUUUCCAAUAAUAAUAAUAAUAAUAAUAAUAAUUUGAUCUUUAAUAAUAAAAUUAGAAUUAAUUGUUCUAUCAAAGUUAUAGAAAUUAGAUGGAAGAGUUCCAUCAACUUUAAUAUAAAAUGAUGAUGGAAUAAUAUAUGAAACAAUUUUAAUCUACUUAUAAUACUAAUACGCCAAUCUCUAUGAUAAAUCAAACUCCAAUGACUUAUACACCUACAUAGUAAUUUCAAUUUUAUUAAAAUACAUUUACAUCUCCUUAAUGGAAUUGCAGUUCCAAUUUGGACAACAAUUCCCCUAAGUAACAAAAAUUUUACUGGCAAGCUCAAUAGUAAAAUUAUGAUUAAUUUCAGAAUGAACAAAUAAGACAAAUACAAUUUAAUAAUAAAUUAGAGUUUUUAAAUUCGAAUAACAUUGUAGAUGAUUGGAAAAGAAAAAGAGUUAACUAAAAGCAACAUUCGCAAUUUUAAUUUAUGGAUUCAUUGGAUUAAUGA